AUGGCCGAGUCGCAGCUGUGCUGCCUGGAGGAGGCCCACGUGAACGAGCGGCUGACGGCGGCCCAGCCCGCCUUCUACUACUGCGAGAGGCAGCGGGCCGCCCUGGAGGCCCUGCUGGGCCGGGGCCCGGCCGCCUACCGGGACCGGCUGAGCAAGGAGCAGCUAAGGGACUUUCUGUCCGGGCCCGAGUGCCAGGCCCUGAGGGCCGGCUGGAGCCCCUACCGAGACCCGGCCCCGGAGCCCGCCAAGGGCCAGGGCAGGGAGCGGGCCCCCGCCCCCGCCGGGGCCAGCCCGUCGCUGGCCUACUGGCCCGACCGCUCGGACACCGAGGUCCCCCCCCUGGACUUGGGCUGGGCCCACACGGGCUUCUACCGGGGCCUGAGCCGCGUCACCCUCUUCACCCACCCGCCCAAGGAGGACAAGGGCCCCCACCUCAAGGAGGUCGUCAGAGUCAUGCUCCAGCAGGCCCAGAAGGUGAUCGCUGUGGUGAUGGACCAGUUCACAGACGGAGACCUCUUUCGAGACAUCGUCGAUGCCGCCAACAAGCGUCAGGUCCCUGUGUACAUCAUCCUGGAUGAGGCGGGGGUGAAGUUCUUCCUGGAGAUGUGCGGCAGCCUGGAAUUGAGCGACUUCCGGAUCCGGAACAUCCGGGUGCGCUGCGUGACAGGCGUCGGAUUCUACAUGCCCACAGGCAAGGUCAAAGGGACCUUGGCCUCCCGAUUUCUGAUGGUGGAUGGUGAUAAAGUGGCUACUGGGUCAUACAGGUUCACGUGGAGCUCCUCCCGGGUGGACAGGAACAUCCUCCUCGUGCUGACGGGGCAGUACGCGGAGCCCUUCGACCUGGAGUUCCGGGAGCUGUACGCCAUUUCGGAGGAGGUGGACCUGUACCGGGGAUUGGGCCUGGGGGGCCCGGCCGGCCGCCCCAACCGGAACUUCUCCUCCUCCACCGUGGCCCGCAAGCUCAUCAACCCCAAGUACGGGCUGGUGACCCGCCACCCUCCAGGGGAGAUGAUGCGUUGGGCCACGCGACCGAGGCAAGAGGCGGCCGGCAGGAGGAUGGAGGAGGAGGAAGAGGAGGAGGGCCGGAGCGAGUCGACCCGCCGCUUGGAGAGUUUCCUCCACGACCUCGUCACGGUGGAGCAGUCGCUGCCGCCCAUCGAGCCCCCGCUGGAGGACGUGGCGCGCAAAGCCGGGGCCAGCAAGCUGGUCUCCCGCUUCCACCUGGACCUGAAGUCCAGGCCGCGGGAGCCGCCCUCGCCGAACAAGAAGGGCGAGGUGGUGGUGGCCGUCAACGGCGAGGCCGGCCGGGCCAAGACGGGCAAGCGUUUCGGCAGCGGGCUGUUCAGUCGGAAAAACAAGCGGCCCCCCAACGGCCUGGUCAGCUCUCUGUCCAGCGAGACCUUCUCCGAGGGGGAGUUCGUGGUGGUGAGGAGACCGGACCCGGAACCCCUCAGCCUCAGCACCGUCAGUGGCUCGACGGUUCGGAGCAGCCCCGACGUCUCAGGUAAAACCAGUUCUGGCUCCACCAAGUCAAACUGUGUGAUUUCAUGAGGCGGGUGCCCGGGGGGGACCCCCCAGAUGGACUGACUUGGCCACUCCUCCU